GACAAAUCGCACGUGGAUAUCGUGUCUCUCUCUCUCUCUCUCGUCUCUUCCAGCUAAAGUCUCUCAGCAGGUAUGGGAUCCCCAGAGAACGGCUCCGACGAGCCCCUGACACCAACGGGGCGCCUGGUCCUCCAGAAGGAGAUGAACCUGGUGAUCUACAGCGCCAUCGGCAUGAAGCAACCCCUCGAUGUUGACGCCCUCAAGUCGGCGAUCCAGAGCUCCCCCAUGUUUACGCACCCCAGGUUCUGCAGCCUCUUGGUGCAGGACUCUGCAGGCCGAAAGCACUAGAGGAGGACCUGCGUGGACAUUGAUCGCCAUGUCAUCCCAGUCUAUGGGCCUAUCGCUGAAGGCCUCUCUGACGAGGCAGCUGUCAACGAGUACCUCGUCGACCUGUCCACCGACUCGCCGGGGUUCUUGGGCGACGACAAGCCCCUGUGGGAAGUCCACCUCCUGAUGGCCCAACGGUGUAUGGUGUUCCGGAUCCACCAUGCACUUGGCGAUGGGAUCUCGCUAAUGUCAAUGUUCCUGGCGUCAUGCUGGCGGGUGGACGACCCCGAGGCGCUGCCGACGAUCCGUCCUCCAUCAUCGGCAAAGAGGAGGAGGGGCGGCGGCGGCGAGUGGUGGAAGGCGGUAAUGAGGGUUUUGGGGGUGGUGUGGUUCACGUUGGUCUUCGUGGUGGAGUUCAUGCUGCGGAGCAUGUGGGCGAGCGACCGGAAGACACCGUUGAGCAGCGGCGCAGGGGUGGAACUCUGGCCGAGGAAGCUGGCCACGGCAAGGUUUUGGCUGGAGGACAUGAAAGCGGUCAAGUCAGCAGUCGCUAAUGCGACCAUUAAUGAUGUUCUCUUCGGGAUCAUAUCGGCCGGCUUGGUCAAAUACUUGGACCACCGAUCUCCCAAUGGUAAAAAGGAAAUAGCAUUUCCGACAAUUCACACGAUUUUUGUCAAUUCAAAUUCGACGAAUCUUGACUGA